CCCUUUGAACCGCACGCGUCGCAGGUCGUGGUCAUCAAACAUGGCUGCGGUGGAGUUUGGAGACAGCGAAUUAUUCGAGCAGUUCGAAGAGAAAGCGCCAGAGCUCGGCCAUAUCACAGAUGAAGCUGAGGAUGAUGAAGAGGGCGAGAGUUCAGCGCGACUGCGGGAGCUGCGACACACAUUACAGGAGUGCGAGGAAACGAUCGAGCGGCUGAACGCGGAGAAUGAGGAACUGAAGAGAAAGUUAAACAUAUUAAGCCGUCCUACGGGUGUAAAAAUAGAAGAUUCCAAAAUCGAUGGGCCGCUUUGUCAAAUUAACUAUGGAAACAACCUCAUUUCCAAGCAGUGUCGGACAGAAAUGGAGGACUUCAUCUGCUGUCUUGUCCAGAAGAGACUACAAGAGUGCAAAAACGAUCCAGACGGCUCUGCUCCCAAUGUCAAGCCACAUAAUUCAAGUUUCGUUAUGGAGGAGAGCUACAAAGUGAAGACGUCCAGUGACUCCAAGCAUAUAAAAAAUGCUUUCAGUAUGAUAGGGAGUGUUUUAUACUUCACCAACUUCUGUGUUGAUAAACUCGGCCAGCCGCUGCUGAAUGAAAACCCCCAGCUGACUGACGGAUGGGAGGUUCCCAAAUACCAGCAGGUCUUUGGCCAGAUCAUUGCCAUCGAAGGCCAAGAAGUGCAGAUAAAGGAGAAAAGGCCGAAACCGUGCUGUUUUAACUGCUGUUCUGAGGACCAUCAUCUGCGAGACUGUCCAGAGCCCAAAGAUAUGGCUCGUAUCAAUGAAAAGAGGAAGGAGUUUUCGCAGAAUAACAACCAGAGCAACCAGCGCUACCAUGCAGAAGAGGUCGAGGAGCGCUUCGCAAAGUACAAGCCAGGAAUAAUGAGUCAAGAGCUCCUUGAUGCUCUUGGGAUCACUACAAACACGCUUCCUCCGUUCAUCUAUCGCAUGAGGGAGCUCGGAUACCCGCCCGGCUGGUUAAAAGAGGCAGAAAUGGAAAACUCAGGCCUGAUGCUCUAUGAUGGAUCAAACGAUGGAGAUGAAAAUAACCACAGCCAAAAGAUAUCUUAUGAUGUCUCAAAGCUGGUUGACUUUCCUGGCUUCAAUUGUUCUGCACCACCCAGCGUAAGAGACGAUUUCAGGUCUUUCGGUUCUAUUCCAAUGCAGCCUCAGCACUGGAAGCAAAAUUUUGCUGCUUUUUUAAGCAGUAACUUUCCAACGCAGGGCGGCAGCUGCAGUAAGAGACCUCAUGAGUCUGAAUCCACACCCAUCAAGACAAAGAAACGGAGAUCGAAUUCAGGGAACCACGAAUCAGAUAUGGAGUUAGAGUCAGAUCAUGACACGUCUCAGGUUAGAUCUGAUGGUUUCCAGUUCCACCCGCCACUUCCUCCUGGCUCCGCCUCUUUAUCCGUCGCUCCUCCUCUACCGCUGGGAACGCCUCCAUCCACACCACCAAUCCCUAAGGGAACUCCACCGCCGACUCCGCCUACAAACGAUUCCCCGUCCACUCACGCGAGAGGAUUGACCGAGGGGGAGGAGUCAGAGGACGGGCUCACUCUGGAGGAACUAGAGGAGCAGCAAAGGCUUCUGUGGGCGGCCCUUGAGAAAGCAGAUACUGCAACCAACAGUGAUUCUGAAGCUGGAGCUUCUGAGACCCCCGUCCCGAGUUCCCCUAGCGUCAUCACUUCACUUAAACUUGACUCGGAGGAAGACGGAGAAAAGAUGGAGGAUUCGAUUCAUACAUAUGAAAUCAAGAGCACGCCAUCUUCACCUGUGGAGCCAGUAACUAAUGUUUGUGAGGAUGAGAGGAUGGAUGAAACCGCCAGUGAGGGACAGGAAAAGCAUUCGAUCAAUGAUAGCGUGAUCGAUUUGCAAGCAGAGAUGAGUGAUAUUAUCGUCCUGGAUGAAAUUUACGAGGAAAACAGUAAUCAUGACGCAACAAAUGGAACUUCAGACGCUCCGCAGAUCAGCACGCAAGAGCCGAACGCUCAAGUGACUGACGAUACGGAGGAGCCCGUCGUAAAUAAAGUAACUUUCGUCCCACACCGGAGCAGAUUUGCCGCAGGAAUAAUUCCUUUUGAGGACACGCCUGAGUUUACGGAGGUGGCAGAAGCAACAGGGGUUUACCUCAAGAUUCGAGAUUUACUAAAAGGCUCCCCGAGAAAUCAGGCCAAAAACAAGAAAUAAUGGAAGUCGUCUGUUUUUACGGCCCACCUGUGGACAAGCAAUGUUUUCUUCUUAAAUUACAGUCCUUUUGUAUGUAGUUUUACUUUGGUGCUUUGUAUCUUUUUACUGCUAUCGUGUGAUUUUUAAGAACACAAAAAGGUUUCAUUUGGUUUGUACCUGAUUGUUAACUGACUGUAGGUAAUGUUUUUUUUUAUUUUUGUUUUUCUGUUUUCUGUAAUUACACGUGUUAUCGCUACAUCUCAUGUCAUGCUGAUUUGUGUGCCUGCCAUAGAUCUGUGUAAUUUAUUGUGAAUAUCGUUCAGCAUAAGUUUCUUAAGAAUUCUCACUGAAUUAAAAGUUUUAACUUGAACUUGGUAGUAAAAUUAAAUCACUGCUCUUUAGAUUUUCA